CUCCCUCUCUCAAGACUUCCACAACUUCUUGAUUUCUCACCCAACUUCCCACCACAUUCUCCAAAUCUUUCUCCAAAUUUAGCAUAUCCCAAAUUUGUACCCCAUUCAAUACUUUUACAAAUUGUGUCACGUUAAUUUGUUCGUACCUAACUAGCUGUUUGGAUAUCACUUCCUUUUCAUUUUAUUAUGGGUACUGAUCAUGCGUACCCUUCAACCAAUGUGGAGGACUCUCUACACCGAGUAGAGAUCCCACCACCUCAACCUUUCAUCAAAACAUUGAAGUCUUCUCUCAAGGAGACCUUCUUUCCUGAUGACCCUUUGAGGCCGUUUAAGAACCAACCUACUUCAAGAAAAUUCAUUCUUGGCUUCCAGUACUUCUUUCCAAUCCUCGAAUGGGCGCCUCGCUACACGCUCGAGUUCUUGAAAUCAGAUCUCAAUUCCGGCAUCACCAUCGCUAGCCUGGCGAUCCCACAGGGGAUUAGCUAUGCCAAGCUUGCUAACUUGCCACCAAUUCUUGGCCUAUAUUCAAGCUUUGUUCCACCAUUGAUUUAUGCCAUGAUGGGGAGCUCAAGAGAUAUGGCUGUGGGGACUGUGGCUGUGGCCUCACUUCUCACAGCUUCAAUGCUGGGGGCUGAGGUCAAUGCUGCAGAAAAUCCUACCCUUUAUCUUCAUCUUGCCUUCACCGCAACCUUCUUUGCCGGAGUUUUCCAAGCUUCCUUGGGUUUGUUGAGGUUAGCAAUUUACUAA